AUGGGGAAUGUGCCCUCACUCCAGACUCCACUCUUCCUCCUAUCACUCAUCAUGACUGUGAUUGGGCACAUCCUCAUCGCUGUUUUGGUGCUGUCAGAGCAGCAUCUGCACACCCCCACGUACUUCUUCUGGGGCAAUCUGUCCUCCUUGGAGACCUGCUACAGCUCCACCUUCCUGCCCCGGCUGCUGGCCAGCUUGCUGAAUGGGGAUGGGACCAUUUCUGCUCACAGCUGUAUGGCUCAGCUCUACUGCUCUGGCUGCUUUGCAACUGCCGAGUGUUACCUGCGGGCCAUGAUGGCCUAUGAUUGGUAUCUGGGCACGUGCCAGCCCCUGCUCUAUGCAGGCUUCAUGACCUGGAAGCUACCAUUGGGCUUGUGGACUUCGGGAUUCCUAGCCACCAUUGCCUCCACUGUCCUGGCUGCCAGGGUGCCCUUCUGCAAUGCCAGUCGUGUGGACCACGUCUUCUGUGACAGUGUGCUUUUGAUCAAGCUGUCCUGUGCAGAAACACUGAUUGUUGAGCUGAUCACCUUCAUGGCCUCAUCUAUUAUGCUCCUUGGCUCACUGGGCAUGACAGCAACAUCCUACCUUUACACCAUUAACACCAUCCUUACAUUGCCCUCAGGUUUCUCGUGGCUGUAG